UUUAAAAUGGCGGUCGUAUUGCGUGCAGUCAGUUUUCAAGUGAUUUCUAGGUGUUCUGCAUCAUCGACGACCAGGAGAUUUACCUCCAGCUCAGAGGAAAAUGCUGGACCUAGAAUAUACACGAGAACUGGUGAUAAAGGAUUUUCAAGUACCUUUGGAGGGCAGAGACUACCGAAAGAUGAUGUCUUGUUUGAAGCUUUAGGAACAAAUGAUGAACUUUCAUCAAACAUUGGGGUAGCAAGAGAGUUUUGUAUUGAUGCAGGGCACAAGGAUCUUGUAGAGCAGCUAGAAAAGAUUCAAUGUAUUCUUCAAGAAGUUGGCUCCAAUAUUGCGACACCAAGAGACAGUUCAAGAGAACGAAAAUUGAAACAAACCGAAUUUAAUGAAGGAUAUACGCCAGAGUUAGAAAAAUGGAUUGACAGCUACCACAAUAAGUUACCUCCAUUAAAAAACUUUAUUCUCCCUUCAGGUGGAAAAAGCAGUGCAUUUCUACAUGUUGCUAGAACAGUGUGCAGACAAACUGAGCGAAGAGUUGUCCCACUGGUCGAGAAUGGAAGUGUUGAUCAAUCAGUAUCACAAUAUUUAAACAGGCUGAGCGACUUUCUCUUUACGGCAGCUCGCUACGCCGCUAAACAAGAAGGGAGCAAUGAAGUCAUCUACCACAGGGUAAAACCGUCAAUGGAAAACUGAAGAAUUCAACGCGAAAUAUUUAUUUAAGACAAUGCCGGCUAAUGUUGUAAAGAGAUGUAUUUCAGUAAUUUUAACAAUAGCACUACAACGUUA